UAGAAUGGACACGGCUACUCUUCUGGGAGUGAUACUGACCAUGAUGAACGUGGACAGUCAGAUCUUACAUGGUGGACAUGAACCGGUGGGCAACUGUCCAUUGACUAAUACAGAUGAGCUAGAGCUUCUGUUUAACUCAGCAACCAGGAAAGUGAUAACGUCUCAUUUUAACAUGAUGGAGACUCAGAUGCUUACAUAUCAGAUGGAGCUGGAUAAUUUUAAGAAAGAAAUUACCGAACAAAUAGAGAAUAUGCAGUAUACUGUUCCUGGCGGAACUGAAAAACUAGGUUUACGACUUGUAAAUGGACGUUCAUCAGGGGAAGGAAGGGUGGAGGUCUACAAGGAUGGAGUCUGGGGAACGGUGUGUGUAGAGAGCUGGGAUUCUAAUGAUGCCAAUGUGGUCUGUAAACAACUAUUUGGAUUAGAUAGGCAAGGUGUUGCAGUUUCAACUGCAGUAUUUGGAAAAGGAGCAGGAACUGUCCAUUUAGAUUUACAAUGUAGUGGUGCUGAAACUGAUGUUCUCGACUGUCCUCUUUCAACCACAGCCACCUGUACUCAUUCAGAAGAUGCCGGAGUUGUUUGUUUUCUUCCUAAUCGCCAUGUCAGGUUAUCCAAAGGAAAUUCUACAAACGAAGGCUUAAUUGAGGUGUUUAUCAAUGGGAAGUGGGGUGCUGUCUGUGAUCAAGUGUGGGAUAAUGAUGAUGCCAAAGUCGCUUGUCGCUCCUUGGGAUAUUCUUGGGGUGUUGCGGUGAAUUCGUCGGUUUUCGGAUCCGGUAAUGGACACAUUUGGCUCAAUGGCAUUAAUUGCAAUGGGAAUGAGGGUACUCUGUUACAGUGUGCAGACUCGGUAACUGGAUCCAACAGGUGCAAUGCUGGAAAAAUCGUUGGAGUUGUAUGUAAUCCUACGAAUAAUGCUUCAGUUAGAAUUGUUAAUGGUAGCUCUGUUGAUGAGGGUCGAGUUGAAAUUUUGAUUAAUGGCCAGUGGGGAAGUGUGUGUGAUAACGGAUGGAGUAAAAGUGAUGCUGAUGUAACUUGUAAAAGUCUUGGAUAUAAAGGAGGUUUGUCCGUUUCCUCCUCUGUGUUUGGAGAAGGCAGUGGCCGGACAUGGUUAGACAGAGUGAACUGCUAUGGAAAUAAAAAGUCUCUCUUUGAGUGCUCACAAUCAGUGAUUGGAUCAAACACUUGUCGUUAUGGUAAUACAGCUGGAGUGGUUUGUUACAACACAAGGAAUGAUUCAGUUAGAAUAGUUAAUGGUAGCACUGUUCAUGAGGGUCGAGUAGAAGUUCUGAUAAAUGGUCAAUGGAGAAGUGUAUGCGACAGAGGAUGGGGCAAAAGUGAUGCCCAAGUGACUUGCAAGAGUCUUGGAUAUACAAGAGGUAUUCCUGUCGCGUCUUCUGUUUUUGGAGAGGGUCCUAGUCAGAUAUGGAUGUUUAACAGCGUUCACUGCUGGGGAUAUGAACAGUCUCUACUAGGCUGCACGAAAUCAGUAAUUGGGUCUGAUGUGUGUACUUCUGGUAGAAACGCUGGGGUUGUUUGUUAUGAAACAGGAAAUGAAUCGGUAAGAAUUGUUAAUGGUAGUUCUGAGUAUGAAGGUCGAGUUGAAGUUUUGAUAAACGAGCAAUGGCGGAGUAUUUGCAAUAAAGGAUGGGAUAAAAAUGAUGCUGAUGUGACUUGUAAAAGUAUUGGAUAUUCAGGAGGUCUCCCGGUUUCCCACUCUGUGUUUGGAGAGGGACCUGAUUCAGUAUGGAUGUUGUCCACAGGAAAUUGUCAUGGAGGUGAACCAUCGUUACUGGGAUGUAUUCAGUCAGUAAUUGCAUCUAACAGCUGUAGUAAUGGUGGACACGCUGGGGUCGUUUGUUACCACAAUGGAAACGAUUCAGUCAGAAUAGUUAACGGUAGCUCUGCAGACGAAGGUCGGGUCGAGGUUAUGAUAAAGGGUGAAUGGCAGAAUGUUUGUGACAGAGGAUGGGGCAAGACGGAUGCUGAUGUCACUUGUAAAAGUUUAGGAUAUUCAGGAGGACUCCCGGUCCUAUCUUCUCUGUUUGGAGAAGGCGGUGGUGAAAUAUGGUUGAAUGGUAUAAAUUGUAAUGGAAGUGAAGAUUCCUUGCUGAAGUGUCGACAAUCUACAAUUGGAUCAAGCAGCUGUAGUGGUGGGGCAGCAGGAGUUGUUUGCUACCAUUCAGAAAAUGAUUUAGUACGAAUGAUAAGUGGUAGCUCUGUACAUGAAGGUCGAGUGGAGGUUUUCAUAAAUGGACAAUGGCGAAGUGUGUGCAACAAUAUGUGGGACACAAAUGAUGCUAAUGUGACUUGUAGAGGACUAGGGUACUCAGGAGGAAUCCCGGCUUUAUCAAGUUCAUCCUCUGUGUUUGGAGAGACAAAGGGCCAAAUGGCUGUGACCAACAUUAACUGUAAUGGAUAUGAAGAUUCUUUGAUCAAAUGUGCACGAUCCAUAAGCAGAACCAACGUCUGUAACAAUGGUAGACACGCAGGAGUCGUUUGUUACAACACCACUAAUGACAUAAUUCGAAUAGAAAACGAAAAUUUUACAACAAAUAACAGCGUAGUCAAUCCAGAGGUGCUUAUCAAUGGUAUUUGGAUUGGAUUUUGUAAAGACAGUUGGGAGUACAUGGAAGCAAAGGUCAUCUGCAGAAGUCUUGGCUACUCUGGAUAUGGUAGGAUUGUAAACCGUAGACAAGGUGGGAAUACAUUUGGUGAACUGUAUAUAAAAGGUUUUAAGUGUACUGGAGCGGAAAGAACAUUAGCUGGAUGUAAAUUUGGAACCAUCGGCCUAGGAGACUGCAGUAAUACUGGUGCAAUAGAAGUGGAAUGUUAUACUGAAGUGAAAAGAUAUAAAGAAUAUAUGAAAAGAUUCAUUAGACUUGUCAAUGGGACUUCAAGUAACGAAGGGCGUGUAGAGCUGUUUAUCCACGGGAGAUGGGGCAGUGUGUGUGAUCACAGCUGGGACGACAAUGACGCACGGGUUGUUUGCAGAAGUCUUGGAUAUUCAGGAAAAUCUACUGCUCGCAAGGCAGCUUACUUUGGACGAGGAACGGGACCUAUUUGGCGAAGUCACGUCUAUUGUCAGGGGACAGAGCCAUCCAUUUUCGAUUGUAAGCACGCUGGUUACAAGGUUACGCACUGCAAUCAUGGCGAGGAUGCUGGUAUAAUAUGUACCUAAUUUGCAAUAAACGUAAAGUAUGUAAAACAUUUUGUCAAAGUUACAGUCUGUAUUUACUGUUAGUUUUUUUUCUUCAAUUUGAUAUACAUAAUCAAUCAUUUUAUUGCAGUAGUUUUGCAAUAUCAAUAUCAGUAAAAAUAAUUCUUUCGAUAAAUAGUGCUUUUUACAUGUACAUUGUACGAUUCUACAAAAAUGUACAGACUGAGGUUUUAUAUCAGAUAUUCAUUUGAA